UGAGCACAACGGAGCGCACAGCCGACGCCUGUCCAGCCGCACAGCCUCCCCGCAGCCAUGGGAACUUUUUCACACCGAUUACUGACACUUUUUCUGUUACUGUCAUCGGCAUCAGAGGUUUUCGGUUCCAACAUCUGCACAUCGCGAGGGGUGACCACUUGUCGACAGUGUCUGGCUAUCAACCCUGACUGUGCAUGGUGCUCUCAGGAGGACUUUGGAAGGGGGGGCUCCAGCGUGUCCCGCUGUGAUCUGAGGCAGAACCUGCUGGACGCGGGGUGUGAUGGAGCGUCUCUGGAGUUUCCCACCAGCAGCCUGACUAUCCAGGAGGACAAACCUCUCAGCAGCAAAGCCUUUGGGACGGCUGUCGACGUCACUCAGAUAAAGCCUCAAAAACUCCAUAUGACACUCAGACCAGACGAUGCUAAGCGCUUUACUGUGACAGUGAAGCAGGUGGAGGACUAUCCAGUGGAUCUCUACUACCUGAUGGACCUUUCUUUUUCAAUGGGAGAUGACCUGGCUCGCCUUUACCACUUGGGAAACGAGCUCGCCCAAACCAUGGGCCGCACCACGAGCAACCUGCGCAUGGGCUUCGGGGCCUUUGUGGACAAGGAAACGUCCCCCUACAUGUUCACUGCUACUGAAGAGGACAUCAAAAACCCUUGCAAAAGAAUUGCUCGUACGUGCAUACCCCAGUUUGGAUACAAGCAUGUGCUGACACUGACCGAGGAGGUUGAGCGCUUCACAAAGGAGGUGGGUAAGCAGGAGGUGUCCAGAAACAGAGACGCUCCAGAGGGAGGCUUUGAUGCGAUCAUUCAGGCAGCAGUGUGCAAGGAAAAAAUCGGCUGGCGUCAAGAUGCCUCCCACUUGUUGGUGUUCACCACUGACGCCAAGACUCACAUCGCCCUGGAUGGACGGAUAGCUGGCAUCGUCCAGCCAAACGAUGGCUUGUGUCAUCUUGAUGGUGAAAACAAUUACGACAAAUCAUCGUCUCUGGACUAUCCCUCUAUUGCACUCAUGAAUGACAAACUGUCUGCCAAUAACAUCAAUCUCAUUUUUGCUGUAACCGAAGACGUGGAGCCUCUCUUCAAGAACUACAGUGAGCUCAUGCCAGGCACAACUGUGGGAAAGCUGUCUCGCGACUCUGGGAAUGUUAUUCAGCUCAUUAAGGAUGCCUAUGCGAGGAUCCGCUCUAAGGUGGAGCUGGAGCUGCAGGACGUCCCAGAGGAGCUGUCUCUGUCCUUCAAUGCCACUUGCCUGAACGGAGAGAUCAUCCCUGGACUCAAGUCCUGCUCGGGUCUCAAGAUCGGAGACACGGUGUCGUUCAGCGUGGAGGCAAAGCUGCGUGGCUGCCCCAAGGACAAGAGCCGCACUUUUACCAUCAAACCUCAGGGCUUUAAGGACGCCCUCAGUAUCACGGUGGACUUUGCCUGCGAAUGUGACUGCGAGGCUCGCGCCGUGCCCGACAGCCCCGUGUGCAAUAACGGCAACGGGACCCACAAGUGCGGUGUGUGUGAGUGUCACCCGGGGCGACUGGGCCCCCACUGUGAGUGCGCAGAGGGCGACUACACUCCGUCCGAUGACGUGAACUGCAUUCAGAAGAAUGGGAGUUCCAUCUGCGGUGGAAGAGGGGACUGUGUGUGCGGACAGUGCUCCUGCCACAGGUCUGAGUACGGCCAGGUGUGGGGCAAAUACUGCGAGUGUGACGAUUUCAACUGCCUGCGCUUCAGAGGGAAGCUGUGCUCUGGAAAUGGAAAGUGUGACUGCGGUUUCUGCAAGUGCAACUCCGGCUGGAAAGGAGACAACUGUAACUGCACGACCCGCACCGACACCUGCAUGUCCAGCAUCGGCCUGCUGUGCAGCGGCCGAGGCUACUGUCAGUGCGGGGCGUGUGUGUGCACCCAGCCCGGCGCCUACGGAGACACCUGUGAGAAAUGCCCGACCUGCCCCGAUGCCUGCACGAUAAAGAAGGAUUGUGUGGAGUGUAAACACUUUAAGAGAGGACAGCUUGCGGACGACAACAGUUGUAACAGAAUCUGCAGAGAUGAAAUUAAGCCGGUGGAUAAGCUAGUCUUCCAUGAUAAGAAUGCCGUGAACUGCUCGUAUAAGGAUGAGAACGACUGCGUGGAGCACUUUCAGUAUUAUGAAGAUGAAAGUGGCAAGUCCAUACUGUUUGUGGUAAAAGAGCCAGAGUGUCCUGAGGGUCCUGACAUCCUGGUGGUGCUCUUGGCGGUGGCCGGAGCCAUUCUCUUACUGGGCCUUGCUGGCCUGCUCAUCUGGAAGCUGCUGGUCACCAUCCACGACCGCAGAGAGUUCGCCAAGUUUGAGGAGGAGAGAGCCAAGGCCAAGUGGGAUACGGGUAACAAUCCCCUGUACAGAGGAGCCACUUCCACUUUCACCAACGUCACAUACCGAGGGAAUUAAGGAGCACAAGCGGUGAGGGAAAAACUCAGGGGUGCACGACAGAGAUGCAAUGUAGCAACACAGAAACGGACGGGAUGAAGAGCCCUGUGCACUGUCACGUGACCAGCUACUGUAACCGCUGUCAACAAUGCUGUAAUUGUACAUAUUGUAAAAUAAAAUUUAAAAAAAGAAAUAAGAAAUAAGAAAAAGGUAUUAAAACUAUUCAAAUGUUUCACAAAUAUGGCUACAGGCCUAAUCUGGUUUUAUAGUAUGUCAUGUCCAAAGCAUUGUACUGUACAUGCAGUCAGGAGCCCAGUAAUUUAUGUAAUUGCAGCAGACCAGAUGUCUUGUAGAUGCAUAUUAAGACAAUUUUUCCGUCAAACUGUCUGUUUCAGUUUGAGCAGAUGGUCGGUUCGAAUCUGUCCGGUGUGUUCACUCCAAAAAGGGCUGACUAAGCCACUCUCUUAAAAUAUACAGAGCAUAUAGGGAAACUGCUGGUGCUUGAACAUGCGUCACUUUUGUAUUAAUCUCGGGAAGCUUUUCUACCCUUUGCAAUACUAACUCUAUCUCAGUUAGGACAAAAUGCCCACUUCUCGUGUUUUUAUGCCACUGAAAUGCUGCUGCUUUUUUUUUUUUUUUUUUAUUCACUUGUUGAAAUCCUCUCACAUGCCAAACCAGGUGUGUGUUUUUAUUGUUAUUGUUAUUUUUUGUUACACUCAAGCCUUGUUUUUGUAAAGAUGUUGCUUUGUGUUUGAAAUAAAACGAUUAAAAUUGGAA